AUGGCCAAACUCGGCCUCCUGCCAAACCUCCCGCCCACACUCAGGCAACGACCACCGCGGAUCACCUGCUCGAGCUGCGCUGCAGCGAAGCAGCAGCCCGCACCGCACUACCCCAAGACUCACAACUACCGAGUAGGAGCCGCCUUUAGCAGCGAUAUAUGUGGACCAUUCAACCCCACAUCCAGGCAAGGCAACAAAUAUAUACUCACAGUAAUAGACACCCGAUCCCGCUACCUCAUAGUCGACUUCCUGCAAUCAAGAGCAGAAACACCGCACAGGCUGGAUGUCAUCCUCACAGCCCUCAAAAAACGAAAAGGGUGCAAACCGAGACUGUUCCACACAGACAACGCGAAAGAAUAUGUAUCAGACAGCGCCAAUGCCGUAUACAGAUCGCACAACGUCAUGCACAGCACUACAGUCCCACACACGCCCCAACAAAAUGGCAUCGCUGAAAGGAUAAACAGUACACUCAUGAACUCAGCCAGAGCCGCCCCUCACCACAGCUCACUACCCAAGACGCACUGGGAAGACGCAGUAAGGGACGCUGCAUUCAAGUACAACAAUAUACUCCACCACGGGAUCAACACCCUUCCCUACACCAUGUGA